UUAAAUCGGUUUGGUUUGUUCUCUUCUUCGCAACCUACGCGCUCUUUCAGUGAGCGAGAAGCAAAUCCGAAGGCAGGAAGCUUUUUAUUUUUCUUCACUGAAUCAGUUUCCGAGGAGAAGAGUUUCUGAUUCGUAAUUUUAAGCGAGUAAUUAAGAGAUUUCGAGUUUUCCAAAGUUAUGGUGAACAGUGAAACCAUGGUUGCAGAGGCAUCUGGUGUUGUGGGUUAUACUUCUGCUGGCUAUACCUCUGCUCAGAAUGGAGAUUAUAAUGCGUCUGUUGCUCAUGUGGAAGUAGGGAAAGAGAAAGCUGGUCCUAUAAGCCACAACGAUGCAGCAAAUGUUGAUUCUUCUCAAUCGGCUAAUGAUAAAGCUUUGGUCAAAGGGACUGAUACUGAAGCUGGUAACGUUACACCAAUUGCAACGGAUAACACGGCUCUAACAGCUCCUGCAUCUGAGCAUGGAUACUCUUCUGUGGCUACUCUUUCACCAGAAGAGGAGCGCUUAUGGAAAAUUGUAAGAGCUAACACCUUACAGUUCAAUGCUUGGACUGCCCUGAUCGAAGAGACAGAGAAGAUAGCUCUGGACAACAUAGCGAAACUCCGAAAGGUCUAUGAUGCAUUUCUAGCUGAAUUCCCUCUAUGUUAUGGGUAUUGGAAAAAGUAUGCGGAUCACGAGGCUCGGGUAGGGGCAAUGGACAAAGUCGUGGAAGUUUAUGAAAGAGCAGUGCAAGGAGUGACAUAUUCCGUAGACAUCUGGUUGCAUUAUUGCAUUUUUGCCAUCAAUACAUAUGGAGAUCCGGAGACAAUUAGACGACUUUUUGAGCGAGGAUUGGGUUAUGUUGGCACUGAUUUUCUGUCCUGCCCACUGUGGGACAAAUACAUUGAGUACGAGUACACGCAGCAGGAUUGGUGCCGACUUGCAGUGAUAUACACCAGAAUACUAGAGCAUCCAAUUCAAAACAUCGAUAGAUAUUUUAGUAGUUUUAAGGAAUUAGCUGAAACACGGCCACUAUCGGAACUAAAGAGUGCUGAGGAAGCUGCGGCUGCAGGGGGUACUAGUGAAAGCGUACCAUCUGAUUCUGGAGAAAAGGCAGAUGAAGAACAAUCUCUGAAGUCAGAAAAAACUGCUGCAUCUGACCCAGAGGAGCUGAAGAGAUAUAUCGACAUCAGGGAAGACAUGUAUAGAAAAGCUAAAGAGUUCGAAUCUAAAGUCAUUGGCUUUGAGAUGGCUAUAAAACGGCCCUAUUUCCAUGUGCGGCCUCUCAGUGUUGCAGAGUUGGAGAAUUGGCAUAGUUAUCUGGAUUUCCUAGAACGUGAUGGAGACUUUAAUAAGGUAGUGAAGCUGUAUGAAAGAUGUCUGAUCGCAUGUGCAAAUUAUCCUGAAUAUUGGAUUCGGUACGUAUUAAGCAUGGAAGCAAGUGGAAGAGUGGAUCUUGCAGAUAAUGCCCUUACUCGAGCAACUCAAGUUUUUGUCAAGAGACAACCAGAGAUUCACCUUUUUGCUGCUCGAUUAAAGGAGCAGAAUGGGGACAUAACUGGUGCGAGAGCUGCAUAUCAACUUCUGCACUCUGAAAUUUCUCCUGGCUUUCUUGAAGCGAUAGUAAAACAUGCAAACAUGGAACAACGACUAGGGAAGCUGGAUGAUGCUUUCACUUUGUAUGAGGAAACGAUUGCUAUUGAAAAGAAGAAGGAACAAUCUACAAUACUUCCGAUGUUGUAUGCUCAGUAUUCACGGUUUUCAUUCUUGGUUUCUGGGGAUGCGGAGAAAGCUAGGAAGAUUUUAGUCGAGGCACUUGACUACGUACAACCAUCAAAACCUCUCUUAGAGGCUUUGAUUCAUUUUGAGACGAUCCAGUCGCCACCAAGGCAGAUUGAUUACCUAGAGCCACUUGUCGAGAAAGUAAUAAGACCAAAUGCAGACACGCAAAAUAUUGCUAGUCCCACUGAGAGGGAAGAGCUAUCAUCAAUCUAUAUUGAGUUCCUCGGCCUAUUUGGAGACGUUAAGUCCAUAAAAAAAGCAGAAAAUCAACACGCCAAACUCUUUCAACCUCAUCGACGUACACCGGAGCUGAGAAAGCGUAGCGCAGAAGAUUUUCUAUCUUCAGACAAGUCUAAGAUUGCAAAAACGUACGAUGGGACCACCCCACCUGUUCAGCCAGUUCCAAAUGGGCAGAGUCAGUGGCCUGCUAACUAUGCAGCACAGCCUCAGACUUGGCCACCCGCACAAACUGUUCCUGCACAGCCUCAACAAUGGAAUCCUAGUUAUGGCCAACAGGCAGCUUAUGGUGCAUAUGGUGGUUAUCCUGCUGGCUAUACCGCACCACAGGCAACGCAAGCCGCUGCUUAUGGUACAUAUCCUUCACCAUAUCCUGCUCAGACGGCUCAAAGUUAUGCAGCUCCAAGUGCAGCUGCAGCCAUAGCUCCGGUUGCAGCUCCGGUUGUGCCUGUUCCUCAAGCAUACUACGGUUCUUACUAUGGUUAACUCCACCGUGACCUGACCAUCGGCUACAUUAGUGUUUCUCUCUUGUGUCUUAAUGUUAUUCUAUUUACUCUGUUCUGUAUUACUGAGACAUUAGUUUAGUCAAAAAAGAGUAAACGUCUCUCUUCGAAAUCUUCUGGUAAUGGUCUAAAGUAUGUUCAUUCGUCUUAUGAAGAAACGGAUUUUUUUUUUUAGAAGGAUAUGUUUGGCCUUCUUCAGUUGGUUGAUCCUAUUGGGUGUGUGUAGGUAAUCGGUCGGUUAUGUUGCAAAAUUAUUAAGCGUUUGGGUUUGUUUUAGC